AGAAUUUCACUCAUGGUGCACGUAUCACAUCGCCUGUUAAUACGUUGAGUUAACCAUUUCUAUUUCCAGUUAGACAAUAUUUCUAACAACAAUUGACUAAACUAUUAUAAUAAUGUAAUUAGUAAUUUUGUGCUUCUUCUUUUUCUGUGACAUUGACAAUACUUUAACAAUCAAAUGUGAACAUCGUUUCAUCAAUCUGAAAUAAAAACUCUCUGUUGACAAUAAUCAGAAAAUCUAAUAAUAAAAAACGUUUUCUUCUUGCACAACUAAUUUGGAAAUCUUUGGAAAUCACGAUGGAGUUUUCUACUUUGCUUCUGACUAUUUUAACAGCGAUUAUUUGUUUAUAUUAUUUUGUUCUGAAUAAGUUUAAAUCAUCUUACUUUAAACAACUGAACAUUCCUCAUUUGCGACCGAUUCCAAUAUUGGGUAACAUGACGCCUUAUGUUUUUCGACGUAUAUCUCAUAUGGAACUUCUACAAAAAAUGUAUAAUCUCUUUCCGGACGCAAAGUUUUUCGGCCUCUACAAUUUUUUAACGCCGAUCUUCGUUAUUCGUGAUCCAGAUUUGAUUUCCACGAUCGCUAUAAAACAAUUUGAUAACUUCUGCGACCACCAAGGCUUUGUCAACGAAAUUCUUGACCCAAUAGCUGCCAAAAAUCUGUUUAACCUGCAAGGGGAUCACUGGCGCGAAAUGCGAAAACUUCUUAGUCCCAGUUUCACAUCCAGCAAGAUGAAGAUGAUGUUUGAACUUAUGUGCCAAUGCGCUGAGAACUUAACCAAUUUUGUGACAACGCAGUCCGGAGAAACGGCCAAAACGAAUAAUAUGAAGGACUUGCUUUCCAAAUACACUAACGACACAAUAGCUACGUGCGCCUUUGGUAUCGAGGUGGAUUCUUUUAAAAAUCCAAAAAACGAAUUCUUCUCACUUGGCAUGGAGGCAUUAAGUUUUAAUAAACCCUGGAUGGCUUUCAAGUUUCAAAUGCAACUUAACUUCCCUCAAAUUGCGAAACUUUUUAAGCUAAGAAUGUUUGGCCCAAGAGUAGAGAAUUUUUUCAAAAAUGUCGUUGCCACCACAGUGAAAGCCAGAGAUGAACAGGGAAUUGUUCGCCCAGACAUGAUUCAAUUGAUGAUGGAGAACAGAAACAAUGAUAAUGGACCUGAGUUCGACAUCAACGAAAUGACGGCCCAAGCGUUCGUUUUCUUUCUCGCCGGAUUCGACACCAUAUCAACAGCUAUGUGUUUCACAACAUACGAAAUCGGUAUCAAUCCUGAUGUUCAGAAAAAAUUAAGAGAGGAAGUCGACGAUGUUCUUAGUCAGACCAACGACAAACCUACCUAUGAGGCUAUUAAUAGUAUGAAGUAUUUGGACGCCGUGAUAAGUGAAGCUCUCAGAUUGUAUCCAAUAGCAUCUUUUCUUGACAGAAAAUGCGUUAAAGAAACCAAAUUACCACCAGCGACUCCGGAUGGUGAACCGAUCACGAUAAAGCCUGGAGAUAGCAUAUGGAUUCCGAAUUUCAGUCUGCAUCGCGAUCCAAAAUAUUAUCCGCAUCCAGAUAAGUUUGAUCCAGACAGAUUUCUUAAUGGUGAUGUAGACAACUCAGUCUAUAUGCCAUUUGGUAUCGGACCCAGAAUCUGCAUAGGUAACAGGUUUGCUCUAAUGCAAGCAAAAGUUAUGUUGUUCUAUCUACUUUGGCGUUGCGAUCUCGAACCCGACAUUAAAACUCGAAUUCCUAUGGUAUUUAGCAAGAAAAUGUUUCUCAUGACGGCGGACGGAGGUUUUUGGUUGAAAUUGCGAACAAGAAAAUCGAAGACUCUUGUUACAUAAUGCUUAUUGAACGGAUAUAAAGUUGAGGAACAGUGAAUCAUACAUUUUUUGUUUUAAGCAUAAUAUUAUUGGGUACAUGCAUAAGUUCCGCAAUCUUUUUAAUAAUGUAUUUAUUAAUAUAAACAAAUAUUUCAAUCAAAAUAUAUUCUUUUUGAAUCUAUCACUUUUUGUAAUCUUCCAGGCAGCUUACAAAUACUGCGGCAAAAUAAUAUUGCUUGCUCUAAAAGGCGAUUUAUUGUUCACUUCGAAAUCACUAUAUUUAAAUUUUUUUAAUCAAUUUCGACAUACACGCGCGUUCUUGAUAACACAAUAUUAUUUCUGUAAAUCUUAUUAAUUUUUCUUGUUGUUUGAAUAAUGGUUGUACCGCAAUAAAAAUAGUGAAGAGUGUAAUCGUGAAUAUGUACAAUAUUUUUUCAGCGUUCACUUCCAAUUCAACUAAAAAUGUAGUUAAUUUAAUUGCAAAUUGUUAUACAGCUUUCGAAAUACUGGUUGAGCUAUUUUAAUGGAAAAAUAUUUGGACGCCAAAAUUUAAAUACACUUUUAUUAGCAUAUCUAAAGUUGAUC